CUGCCUUUCGAGAGGUGCAUCUGGUACAGUAAGGACUCGCCGCCAGGAUUCACAACAAGAUGCCUCGCCAAGUCACCGACAUCAAGAACUUCCUCGAGAUCGCCCGGCGUAAGGACGCCUCGGCGGCCCGCAUCAAGCGGACUGUCAUCCGGUCCUCCGCCGCGCAGUCUGGCAAGAAGAGGUCGAGCAGCUCCAGCGGCAAGAUUACACAGACCAAGUUCAAGAUCCGUUGCAGCAAGUACCUCUACACCCUCGUGGUCGAGGAUGCAGAGAAGGCAGAGAAGCUCAAGAACAGUCUGCCGCCAGGCCUGAACGUCACUGAGGUCAAGGGCAAGGCAUCGAAGAAGAACUAAGCUCAUCUUCACGCUUGUCUCCCCGUUGCACAUCAUCACCCUCACGCCCUUCCUACACCUCGCAUGAUGCUCAGCUAACGGGCCACACUUGUAUGAUAUUACUAUGAAUGCAGCAGCACAGUGAACGGUGAUCGGCAGACGUGAUGAGCGGUGCUUUACCACUGCUGCAGUUCGCUGCGUCGCGCUGCGGAGGCCAAUGGGUUGACGUGUGCGGCCCGAACGAGGAAGAGUCGCGUAUUG